CUUUCUCUCUGUGUGCGUGUGGGAGGUGCAGGCAGGGGCUAUGCAAAGUGAGAGAAGUCGGAGGCAGGGGUAAGGGGUGUGCAAACUGAGGAAAAGAGAAAGGGGAAGAGGAAAAAAGGAAAAACUACUCUGAAGGAAAGGAACCAUGCAAGUGGAUGCUGUCUUCUGUGGAGUCAGAUUACACAAAAUGAGAGACUACUCCAAGAGCACUACAUCAGGGCUCACUAAGCUCAGAAAGGAUGCCAGCUGCUAGCACCAUGACAGGUGGGAGGGCCCUGCUGCUCUGUGCAAACACUGACAACUGUAUCUACCAAUCAGUCAACGGGCUCCAGUGCUGUGGCUUGAAGGUUGGGGAGGCUCCGUCGUCUGUGGUGCCCCAGCGCCAAGAGGUGUGUGGGUCCCCAGGGGACAAAGACAGGAGGGACACCGCUGUGCCCACCAAACAUCCCCUCCCUCCUUUACUUAGCUUGAGUGACAGCCCGGGUCCUCCUGACACCAUGCUGGCUCAGAGAAGAUCCACCACCACCGAUCCGCGGACUCCCAACAUGGAGAACGGGUUAUGUGGCAAGCUGAACCACAGCAAGAGCCAAGCAGGAGUCAAGACUGCCAGCAUCCGCGAUAAGAUCUCACAAUGGGAGGGCAAAAAGGAGCCCGCCCAACUAACUUCUACAGGGACAUGUCCACUAAGCAUGACACAGAAGGAGGUUGAAACAGUAAGAAAAAAGGAAUUCAAAGUUUCAGAGGUCCAAAGGACAGACAGCAAGAGGUUUGUCAGCUGGGACAGACAAGACUCAGGGAAGGAGAAUGUGGGAAAGCUUGGGGAUUCAAGACCUAAAUCUCCAGAAGUCCCAGCAAACAAAGACAAAGAAGUGAUCCUAGAGAGAGGAGUUCGGCCUUCUAAACCAACAGAACAGCCCCAAGACAAGAAAACAGUUUUAACUCAUGUUAAGAAACUGGAGAUGGCAACAAAGGAAGUUCCAAACAGACCUUCACUGGCAUUUCCAGGGAAUUACUUCUGCCCUCCUUCCAAGGAGGAGCAGGAGGAAAUAGAAAAGAGGGCCAACGAGCCAAUUUUUGGGACGUUUGACGUGGCUCGUCCUGGUGGCUCACGGAGGAGGAGGGAGGGUGAUCCAGAGAACGUAUACAGUGAGCCAGGUGCUCCGUCUAUAAACCCUUUACCAAAACCUCAGAGAACCUUCCAGCACCACACACCACCUCCUACCCCAGUUUCAGGGCCUGGCUCUGGGAAGGGGAAAAGGAACUUGCCCCCUUUGCCCUCCAUUCCUCCUCCACCUUUACCCACAUGCCCACCACCUGGAGUUUGCAGGAGACCCUGGGCUGACAAACCCCGGGACAGCAGUAACAGGAAAUCCUAUGAAUUUGAGGAUCUACUCCAGUCGUCUGCAGAAAGCUGCAGGGUGGACUGGUAUGCUCAGUCUCGACUGGGCCUUACACGCACUUUAUCAGAGGAGAAUGUCUACGAGGACAUAAUAGAUCCUCCAUCCAAGGAGAACCCCUAUGAAGACAUAGAGCUGGAGAAAAGUUACCUUGGAAGCAAAUGUGUUUCACCAGCCUCCUCAUCUCCUGUCCCUGACACUCCAACUAAGCUCUCUUCCAAGCCUGGAUUCUUUAGACAGAACUCAGAACGGCGAAGCUUCAAACUCCUAGAACUACGCAAGACCAGCAGGGACACUGGCAUAUCCUCACCCUCCCGCAUCAGCCCUCCCUCCACACCCAGCAGUCCAGACGAUACCCCAUGUCUCUCUGGAGACCCUUACAACCGCAGACGGAGGAAAAUCCCCAAGAUGGUGUUGAAAAUCAACGGCAUCUUCGAGGCACGAAGAGGGAAAAAACGCAUGAAGAAGGUGUCUCAGUCUACUGAGUCCAGCUCAGGUAGAGUGACAGAUGAGAACAGUGAGUCGGAAAGUGACACUGAGGAGAAACUAAAAGCUCACAGCCAGCGGCUGGUGUCAGUCCAGUCCAUGCUGAGGCAGACGGGGCGGUACCGGACAUUGGAGAGGGAUCUGAUGGAGUUGCAGGAGAGAAAACUCUUUGAAUAUUUCAUAGUUGUGGCGCUGCACAAGACCAAGGCCGGUGUCCCAUACCUGCCAGAGGUCACACAGCAGUUCCCUCUCAAGCUUGAGAGGAGCUUCAAGUUCAUGCGUGAGGCUGAGGACCAGCUGAAGGUCAUCCCUCAGUUCUGCUUCCCUGAUGCCAAAGACUGGGCGCCUGUUGACAACUUCCCCAGUGAGACAUUCUCAUUUGUUCUGACUGGUGAGGAUGGAAGCAGGCGGUUUGGCUACUGUCGGCGAUUACUGCCCAGUGGUAAAGGCCGAAGGCUCCCUGAGGUCUACUGCAUUGUCAGCCGCUUGGGUUGUUUUGACCUCUUCUCCAAGAUCCUGGAUGAAGUGGAAAAGAGGCGGGCUAUCUCCCCUGCACUGGUGCAGCCCUUCAUGAGAGGCAUCAUGGAAGCUCCCUUCCCUGCGCCAGGAAGGACCAUCACUGUCAAAAACUUUCUACCUGGCUCUGGGACAGAGGUGAUAGAGCUGUGUCGGCCGUCUGACUCCCGCCUGGAACAUGUUGACUUUGAAUGUCUCUUCUCCUCCUUAAGUCUACGUCUCCUGCUCCGAGUUUUUGCCUCUCUGCUGUUAGAGCGCAGGGUCAUCUUCACUGCCGACAAACUCAGCACAUUGUCUCAGUGUUGUCAUGCAGUUGUGGCCCUACUCUACCCCUUCACCUGGCAGCAUACGUACAUUCCUGUGCUCCCACCAUCCAUGUUAGAUAUAGUCUGCACCCCUACCCCUUUUAUAGUUGGCCUCCUCUCCAGCUCUCUGCCUCGACUUAAAGAGCUGCCCAUAGAAGAGGUCCUGGUCGUUGACCUUGGGAACAGCCGCUUCCUACGACAGCUGGAUGAUGAGGACUCUAUUCUUCCCCACAAGCUGCAGGCAGCUCUUGAACAUGUGCUGGAUAAGAGGAGGGAGCUGGCCUGUGAGAAAGGAGAUCUACCCAACGACUCCAGCUCCCUCAGCACGGUGGUGUCAGAGGCCUUUGUGCGUUUCUUUGUGGAAAUGGUCGGCCACUACUCCGUUUUCAUGGGUGGAGCCGAGCGGGAGGAUGAAUCAUCCAUGUCCUCUCCCACCUUGCACAGCCCUUCAUCCUCCUCCUCCUUUCAGCGUGAACCGUUUCGUAAGGCGGUGACCUCAAAAAGCUUGAGAAGGUUCCUGGAAGUGUUCAUGGAGACACAGAUGUUCACCGGGUUCAUCCAGGAGAGGGAGCUGCGCAGACAAGGCCUCAGAGGUCUGUUUGAGGUGAGAGCACAAGAGUAUCUGGACUCACUUCCUGGGAGUGAACAACGAGGAGUCAACAAGUUCCUUAAGGGCCUAGGAAACAAAAUGAAAUUCCUUUCCAAGAAAUGAUGUUUGCAGUCAUGAUCGUCAUCUGUAAAAGUAGGAAAAACAAGCAUGAGAAGGUGCGCAGACAAGACUAGAGGAAGACGCGCUCUUGGGAUGUGGAUAUCUCCAACAGUUUCCAGAAUGUACAGA